AUGACUUCGGGCUUGGAGGAGGCGCUGGAACACACUGGCGGCCACGGCCGAACCGCCGAAGGUGUGUCAAUCUCGACCUUCCUGGCGUCGCUGGCGACGGCCAUUGUCGUUUUCGUCGUUGAAUUUCUCCUCUUUCUGUUACUAAAAGGUAAACUAAGCCGUAUAUAUCAACCGCGAACCUAUCUGGUACCAGAUAGAGAACGCACAACCCCAUCUCCGCCAGGCCUCUUCCAUUGGAUUGUCCCAGUCUUUCGUACAUCCAGCUCGGAAUUCAUCCAGAAAUGUGGGCUUGAUGCAUACUUCUUCCUGCGCUAUCUGCGCAUGCUUUUGAAGAUCUUCCUUCCUCUGGGCCUCGUGAUAUUACCUGUUCUACUUCCAAUAAACCGUGCUGGUGGCAAGGGCCAGACAUACGAAAAUGGUACCUCAGGCACUAGAUAUUCCGUCACUGGUCUGGACCAGUUGGCAUGGGGUAACGUAACCCCUGAGCACACGAGUCGGUAUUGGGCUCAUUUGGUAAUGGCCGUGAUUGCCAUUAUCUAUGUCUGUGCUGUGUUUUUUGAUGAACUUCGGAAUUACAUUCGCCUGCGACAGGCCUACUUGACGUCUCCCCAGCAUCGACUCCGUGCUUCUGCUACCACUGUGCUCGUUACUUCUAUUCCACCUGAUUGGCUCACCAUGGAUGCCCUUGACAGGCUUUUCGAUGUUUUCCCUGGAGGUGUGCGAAACAUUUGGCUCAACCGCAACUUCGACGACUUGAACGAGAAAGUGAAAGCACGAAACCAUCUUGCUCUCAAGCUUGAAAGCGCCGAGACAGAAUUGAUUGCAAAAUGCAAAAAGGCACAGCUCAAAAAGGCCAAGGCGGAGGCAAAGAAGGCCGGCGAGAGUCAAUCAAGUGCAGAGAAAAAAGAGCAAAAGACGGCUGAAAAACGGGCAUCUCAAAUGGCUAUGGGUCCUGGUAUCAGCUCUGGUAAUCCUCAUCAGGCCCAUACAGUACAAGAAAUGCUCCACAGAAAACCCCAAGAGAAACGGUCGGAGGACGGACCUCGAAUGUUUGACCCUGCCCUUGCCGCCGCCGGGGCGGUUGGCCAAGGGGUAGGGAAACUGGGCAAAACAGUGCUUGGAGGCUUCAAGAAACCGUUAUCUCGAACUGGGGGCUUCGUUGCAACUACAGAUAACAUCAUUCCGCCUCGUUCAAAUACCCCCUCAGGUCCCGGUCAUUCUGCAACACCAGACACCCUUCCGCCUCGUGCAAACACCCCUCCAGUCCCAGGUCUUCUUGCCUCUGGCAGCCAAUCUGAUACAAAACCCGCCAAACCCGUGGGGCUCCGGCGAAGUCAGCACUUGAGUUUGAACUUAGGGAAGCCCAUAGGACCGGAUCCAGGACAGAAUACAGACCAGGAUGCCACCAUGUGCAGCGAUCCGCCGAAGCCACCAUUCUGGAGACGAAUGUCAUCUAAUACAAGAUCGCAGGGUGUACGCGAGGCUGACCAAUAUCCACUGACUGCACCCGAAACGCCUGCAACUCAUGCCACCUAUCGUGACUUCGAGAAAUCCGAGAACGAAAAACACGAGCAUGCUCGAAAGGAGGGAGACGAAAUAGAAGGGGAAAGAUACCCUAUCGCCUAUAACGAAAAUUUCGAAAAUGAAGACUACGGAGAGCCGCUGUGGAAAGAAUACAUCCGGCCGAAGGACCGAGAUACCAUGCGUCUACCCAUAUUUGGCUGGAGUUGGAUGCCUUCGAUCUGGCUUCUAGGGGAAAAGGUUGACACCAUCGAUUAUUGUCGAAAGGAGCUCGCUCGUCUGAAUCUGGAGAUCGAAGUCGAUCAGCAGCACCCCGAGGGGUUCCCUUUAAUGAACUCGGCCUUCAUCCAGUUCAAUCACCAAGUCGCUGCCCACAUGGCCUGUCAAGCUGUCAGUCACCAUCUCCCCAAGCAGAUGGCACCCCGAGUCGUGGAAAUAUCUCCCGAUGAUGUGAUUUGGGAUAAUAUGUCGAUCAAGUGGUGGGAACGGUACCUGCGUUCCUUCGGCAUCAUCACACUAGUUUGCGCAAUGGUCGUUGGAUGGGCGUUCCCCGUCGCCUUCACCGGACUACUAUCACAAUUGGCAUAUCUGGAGGGUGCAUUUCCAUGGCUUGCCUGGCUUGGCAAGCUUCCAGACUGGUUCAUUUCUGCCAUCCAGGGUAUUCUUCCUGCGCUGUGUUUAGCUAUUCUGAUGGCGCUGCUCCCUCUCAUCCUUCGCUUUUUGAGCCGCACGCAAGGCCUCUUCACCGGCAUGUCCAUCGAGCUCACUGUCCAGAACUAUUAUUUUGCAUUCCUCUUUGUGCAAUUGUUCUUGGUUGUCACCAUCGCUUCCAGUUUCUCGACGAUCAUUGAGAAUGUCACUGAUGUAACCAGCUGGCCACAACUCCUAGCAGUGAACAUCCCGAAGUCUAGUAACUACUUCUUCUCUUACAUGAUUCUACAAGCCAUGUCUGUGAGCGCUGGCGCCCUUGUACAAAUCUUUGGCCUGGUGAGCUGGUUCAUUCUAGCUCCAAUUUUGGACUCUACUGCCCGGAAGAAGUGGGCACGAACAACAAACCUCAAUCAGAUGCAAUGGGGUACAUUCUUCCCUGUCUAUACCACCCUAGCCUCUAUUGGUUUGAUCUACUGUGUGAUCGCACCUCUGAUUCUAAUUUUCAACAUCCUCACCUUCGGCCUUUUCUGGUUCGUCUAUCGCUACAACACACUCUAUGUGACUAAGUUUCGAUUUGACACCGGUGGCCUUCUUUUUCCUCGAGCUAUUAAUCAGCUAUUCACGGGAAUCUACGUUAUGGAAGUCUGCCUAAUCGGCUUGUUCUUCUUGGUUCGGAACGCGGAUGACGAUGUCGCCUGCAAGGGACAGGCUAUUUGCAUGAUUGUUGUUCUAGUUUUGACGGCCGGUUACCAAAUUCUUCUCAACGAUGCGUUCAAUCCACUGAUCCGGUAUCUGCCCGUUACCUUGGAAGAUGAUGCUGUUCGACGUGAUGAAGAGUUUCGUCGUGCUCAGCACGCUCGCCUCGGUCUCGCUCUUGACGAUGACGAUGACGAGGAUGGUGAUAUCGAAGGCUCCCUCGCCAAGCGUGAACAAGAAGAGCGCCGGCACGGAAAGGAGAUAAAGGAGAUGCAAGAAGACAUCGAGCUGAAACCUCUGGAGACCAAUUUCCCAAACCAGAUGCGACAAAACUCGGAUAUCUUGUCAGCACCCAAGCUUGGAGACAAACGUCCAUCAUGGGCCUCCAGCUCAUCAAACCGGAAAUCUAAAUUUUUCGGUCAGAACUCAGCAACCUCCACACCAACACUACGUGAUAUGCGGGAAAAGAUGGCCCAAGACACCGAGGCCCAGGCACCAGCCCCCAGCACAGUCGGCCAAGCCCUCUUUGCCGGUAUUCACGACGAAUUAGAGGAUCUUACGCCCGAUGAGCGUGACCAGCUGGUGCAACGUGCCUUCCAGCACGAGGCCCUUCGCGCCAAGCGGCCUGUCAUCUGGAUUCCGCGUGAUGAUCUGGGUGUGAGUGAUGACGAAGUGUACCGAACACAACGGUUUAGCAAACAUAUAUGGAUCAGCAAUGAGUACCAGGCGCUAGACGGCAAAUGUCGGACGAUCUUCAGUCGCAGUCCUCCAGAUUUCUCGGAGGUGGAUUUGAUUCAGCUGUGA